AUGCUUCAACUUUUCAUAUUUUCACUUUUCGUUGCCAUUUCCGAAGCGGUAAUUUUUGUAUAAGUUUAAACUUGUAUAAAAGUUCUAAUUUUAAGUGCCUCGCAUCUGGAACUUGUGGUCUCGGACCUUGUCAAAGUCCAAUUCCACCAAUAGCUUCGCCAUGUGCUCAAAGUGGAUGUGGAGCUGGUUUCUCUUGUGGAACAUACGGUUGUUAUCGAACAAAAGCUCGUGUCCAUGCAGCUGGAACUCAUCAAGUUGGAAAUGGACCUUUCCUUUUGGGAGCUGAUAGAUUCUCACAGUUCAGAAGAGCACAACAACCAACUGUGAGUUUUGAGCUUCAAAAAUUUUUCGAAACAUUGUAAAACUUUGUAGGAACUAAAAUUUCUACCUGGUAUAUCAAAAACAUUGUUUUUUUCUAAACCUCUGCUUUUCAAUUAAAUUUCAUCAAUUUUAGUUCCAACAAAGAAUCGUGGAACAUUUUUGGCUAGUAAAUUAGAUUUGAAUUUCAAAACUUUCAUUUCAGUAUUGAUGAAGCUUAUGAUAAACCUAUCAGUGAUAUUUUUGAAAAAAAAACCUCGAAAAAGUUUUUUUUCAAACAAAAAAGCUCAUGAUACAACAAAUCCCACCAAAAAUCAAUCCGGUUUGUUUGAUGAAACAAACUAUUCAAAAACCAAAUAAUUGUAUAAAAAUACAAUUGCCAUAAAAUAGUGGUCGAAAUAGUCAUAGAACCGUAUAAUCCUUUGCUUUUGCUAAUCUGUCAACCGGUAUGAUUUAUAUAUUGCUUUGCUAGGUAUUAUUUGAUAUAUAUCCACACAAAAUGUUUCAUGUUCAAUGAACCGAGAAAACAAUAAAUAAACAGACAUGAGAUCCUUUGAUUUCAAAACAUUACAUUUUUCAAGGAUCCAAAUGCCCUUUUCAUGCAAUGCUGUGAACAACGUGGUCUUCCAGAUGCUUGUCUUCAAAAAUGUACAUUCAAUACAUAUACCAAAGAUUCGGUAACUUUUCAAAAAACAAUCGGAUCGAUUUCACAACUGAUCAUUUUUUCAGCUAACAAAAAUGUACUUCCGUCAAGAUGCUUGUCCAUUGGCAGCAACUGCAGAAAUCCAGUUUUGUGCUGCACAAGGAAGAGAUCAUCGAGCAUGUUGUGUUAGAAAUGGUGUUACAACAACUUUGGCCGGAGAUAAGGUAAUUACUCACAGGGUGUAAAUAAUGUACCAAAGGCUUCAAACUUUACCGGGAGAUCUAAUAUAGGUUUCUCUAACAGGUCGCGGACUAAACUUUUUCUGUAACUUUGUCAAUUAUAAGAACACCCCGAAAAUCUCAGACGUCCAAAAUAUAGUUAUGACGUGGCAAAGAAAAAUGUAUCAAAAACAAAAAAUUGUUUUUUUUUGCAGUGUCUCACUUUCUGCGAUCAAAGACCAGGAAAUGUCACACUUCUGGACUAUUCCUAUAUCAGUUGCUAUGAUCGUUUCGAAAAUAUGAAAUCAUGUUUUUGGCAUGAUGCAGCUCAAAGAUCAUCAAAUCGUGGAAUCUAA